AUGCAGAGCUCAAAGUCCUUUUUAAUACGCGAUCUUCUUGGCGAUUUGAUUAAUCGACGACAAACAGAUUCGGAACUGGAGCUCUCCAACGACGACUCGGAUAUAGACAUUGAGGAUCGUUCUACGCCGGACUCGACGGCUGCGGGCUGCCAGCAGGAUCUGCUGCUGUCGCACCAUCACCGCAGAUUCACCCACCACGACGAGUCCAGUGUGGAGUCCUGCCUAUCGGCCACACGGGGUCCCGGCUCCGGCACAGGAUCGGGUGGCGGAGGAGGAGGCGGUGGUGGUGGUGGUGGAAUGGCCAGCGGACUGAGUGCCGCUGCAGCGGCGGCGGGCGUGGCCGCUGGCCUCCUGGCAGCGGCGGCCAGUGGUGCCAACGGCGAUCGAGAUGGCAGCGGUGGCAGUGGCCCGGGAUCGGGCGGCGGCACAAGUGGCGGCUAUGCGGAGCACAAGCUGCAGCUGAGCAAAAGUGGCCGGAAGCCGCGUCGCCGCCGUACCGCCUUCACGCACGCCCAGCUCGCCUACUUGGAGCGGAAGUUCCGAUGCCAGAAGUACCUGAGCGUGGCCGAUCGCAGCGAUGUGGCCGAAACGCUCAAUCUGUCCGAGACGCAGGUGAAAACCUGGUACCAGAAUCGCAGAACCAAGUGGAAGCGACAGAAUCAACUGCGCCUGGAGCAGCUGCGUCAUCAGGCGACCAUGGAGAAGGACUUUGUGGUCCAGGAUGGCGGCGGUGCGGGCGGACUGGGCUGUUGUCCCAGCGGACUGAGCAGUUCAUUUAGUGCCGCCGCCGCCGCUGCAGCGGCUGCCAGCAAUCCGUGCAAUUUUCUCACUUCCGCCGCAGCGGCGGCCAUUUUCCGCAACGUCGGCUACGUCCACGGAUGUCCCAUGUAG